AUGAUUUCUCUUUAGGAAUUUUUCAAAUCAAAACUAAUUGCAGGAUUUCCAGUUGACCAGCACUCAUAGGAAUGAAGACAAACACAGAGAUGGUGUGUCUAAGAAACUUCAAAAGGUGUAGACCUCCUGAUUGAAGAAUAGCUGAUUUAUUUGAUUCAUUUUUUUCACUAUAUUUCUGUACUCCUACAAGGAGAAGUCAUGAUUACACUAACAGAGCUAAAAUGUUUAGCAGAUGCCCAGUCAUCUUAUCACAUCUUAAAACCAUGGUGGGAUGUCUUCUGGUAUUACAUCACUUUGAUCAUGCUGCUAGUGGCUGUGCUGGCUGGAGCUCUUCAGCUUACACAGAGCAGGGUUCUGUGCUGUCUUCCAUGCAAAGUGGAAUUCGACAAUCACUGUGCUGUGCCUUGGGACAUCCUGAAAGCCAGCGUGAACGCGUCCUCUAAUACUGGGACACUGCUUCCACUCCCCCUCCGAAUCCAGAAUGACCUCCACCGACAGCAGUACUCCUACAUUGAUGCCGUCUGUUACGAGAAACAACUCCAUUGGUUUGCAAAGUUUUUCCCCUACUUGGUGCUCUUGCACACGCUCAUCUUUGCAGCCUGCAGCAACUUUUGGCUUCACUACCCCAGCACCAGUUCCAGGCUGGAGCAUUUUGUGGCCAUCCUUCACAAGUGCUUCGACUCCCCUUGGACCACCCGUGCCCUAUCAGAAACAGUGGCUGAGCAGUCAGUGCGGCCCCGGAAACUCUCCAAGUCCAAGACUUUGCUUUCGUCCUCAGGGUGUUCAGCUGAAAUUGAUUCCAACAAGCAGUCAUUGCCCUACCCGCAGCCAGGUCUGGAGUCAGCUGGCAUAGAAAGCCCAACUUCUAGCGUCCUUGACAAGAAGGAGGGUGAACAGGCCAAAGCCAUCUUUGAAAAAGUGAAAAGAUUCCGCAUGCAUGUGGAGCAGAAGGACAUCAUUUAUAGGGUGUAUCUGAAGCAGAUAAUAGUCAAAGUCAUUUUGUUUGUCCUCAUCAUAACUUAUGUUCCUUAUUUUUUAACCUUCAUCACUCUUGAAAUCGACUGUUCGAUUGAUGUACAGGCUUUUACAGGAUAUAAGCGCUACCAGUGUGUCUAUUCCUUGGCAGAAAUAUUUAAGGUCCUGGCUUCAUUCUAUGUCAUUUUGGUUAUACUUUACGGUCUCACCUCCUCCUAUAGCUUGUGGUGGAUGCUGAGGAGUUCCCUGAAGCAAUAUUCCUUUGAGGCAUUAAGAGAAAAAAGCAACUACAGUGAUAUCCCUGACGUCAAGAAUGACUUUGCCUUCAUCCUUCAUCUGGCUGAUCAGUAUGAUCCUCUUUAUUCUAAACGCUUCUCCAUAUUCCUGUCAGAGGUCAGUGAGAACAAACUGAAACAGAUCAACCUCAAUAAUGAAUGGACGGUUGAGAAACUGAAAAGUAAGCUUGUGAAAAAUUCCCAGGACAAGAUAGAGCUGCAUCUUUUCAUGCUCAGCGGUCUUCCAGACAAUGUCUUUGAGUUAACUGAGAUGGAAGUGCUAAGCCUGGAGCUUAUCCCAGAGGUCAAACUGCCCUGCACAGUCUCGCAGCUGGCCAACCUCAGGGAGCUCCAUGUGUACCACUCGUCUCUGGUGGUAGACCACCCUGCACUGGCCUUCCUAGAAGAGAACUUAAAAAUCCUUCGCCUGAAAUUUACUGAAAUGGGGAAAAUCCCACGCUGGGUAUUUCACCUGAAGAAUCUCAAGGAACUUUAUCUGUCGGGCUGUGUUCUACCUGAGCAGUUGAGUACCAUGCAGUUGGAAGGCUUUCAGGACUUAAAAAACCUGAGGACCCUCUACCUGAAGAGCAGCCUGUCCCGGAUCCCACAAGUCAUUACAGACCUCCUGCCUUCACUACAGAAAUUGUCCCUUGAUAACGAGGGAAGCAAACUGGUUGUGUUGAACAACUUGAAAAAGAUGGUCAAUCUGAAAAGCCUAGAAUUGAUCAGCUGUGACCUGGAACGCAUUCCACACUCCAUUUUCAGCCUGAACAAUUUGCAUGAGUUAGACUUAAAGGAAAAUAACCUUAAAACUGUGGAAGAGAUCAUUAGCUUUCAGCAUCUUCAAAAUCUUUCCUGCUUAAAGUUGUGGCACAAUAACAUUGCCUAUAUUCCUGCCCAGAUUGGAGCAUUAUCUAACCUAGAGCAGCUCUCUUUAGACCAUAAUAAUAUUGAGAAUCUGCCCUUGCAGCUUUUUCUAUGCACCAAACUACACUAUUUGGAUCUAAGCUAUAACCACCUGACCUUCAUUCCAGAAGAAAUCCAGUAUCUGAGUAAUUUGCAGUACUUCGCUGUGACCAACAACAAUAUUGAGAUGCUACCAGAUGGGCUAUUUCAGUGCAAAAAGCUGCAGUGUUUACUUUUGGGGAAAAAUAGCCUGAUGAAUCUGUCCCCUCUUGUGGGUGAGCUGUCGAACCUUACACAUCUGGAGCUCAUUGGUAAUUACCUGGAAACACUUCCUCCUGAACUGGAAGGAUGUCAGUCUCUAAAACGGAGCUGUCUGAUUGUCGAGGAGAAUUUGCUCAGUACUCUUCCUCUCCCUGUAACAGAGCGUUUGCAGACAUGUUUAGAUAAAUGCUGACCUAAAGAGAAGAGACCCAUGUCUCAAAAUUAUUUUUUAAAGUAUGCCCCAGGGCUUUGAGAAGUAAAAUGUUCUAAGUUAUAAAGGUGAAAAAUGGGUGAUUAUUAUGUUGAACCAUAACCAAAUGUCAUAUUAAAGCAACUUAUGUCUUAGCCCUAAAUUAAACUGGUAAAAAAUGUUGACACUGAACUGAAUGAAGUUUUGUGAAUAACUAAGUUAUUGAGAUGUUGUAAGAAGUACACGUCAAGCGUGGAGUGGAGGGCAUGAACUUACUGAAGCCCUACCUUUGCAGUUUUUACCUUGCAUACUAUAUAGGUAUUCUUUCCUCUUCCUCCCCCAGUCCCCAUUACUUAUUUGCACACUUGUUUUAACUCACUUCCUGUUUUGAAAUUUAUCGAGACCAUAAAACUCAUCAAUGUAAAUUUCCUUGAUGUAUACUCACCACUGUCUUUGAUUUAUGUUCUUAAAUUUUCCUAGGCAGGGUGUAUUGUGCUUGGCAGAAUUCCUUUUUGGCUUAAUUUUUACUUCCUUUCCCAGCUUGCUUGAGUCUUCUUUAAUCUGGUUUUCUAUUAAAAACAAUGACGAACCCUGAGAAAAUGCCUGCCUUUGUCCUUUGCCUAGAACAGGAGCAGGGUACUUAAGAUGUGCUAUCCUUGGGGCAUCCUGAAAAUUAAUGUAUUCUCUAAAAUUUCUUCUUGUCUAUCAGCAAAGCCUUUUUUUAUUGGUUAAGAAUUUUUAUAUUAAAUGAAAAACAUAAGACAAAUAUUUUUUAUUGUGUAAUCUUGGAUUCAACGUCUGUGAGAAUAAUUUUUGUAAGGUACAGAGAAUACGCACAUUUCUUUUAGAAAUCUACUUGGUUUUGGCUAUUUAUAAUUCUCAUGUUUGUGUGCAUUCUGCUCCAAAAUGUUUUUGAACUUUGCAACUAAUUACUUUUGGAUAACAGAACCUUGUGUUUCAUGCUCUAAAGUAUUUGGGGGUUUCCUUGUGAGUGGAUGGCUGUAUCGUCUACCUCUCUCUUCCCUGGUCUUUGUGCAAUUGUACAGGUACAAUUCCUAAUUACUAAUAACUGAUGGCAGGGAGAGGUAAGAUUUGGAUUUUAAAAUUGAUAUUAAAGUACUUUGUAGAAAUUUAGUAAGAGUUAGGGCAAAAUGUUUUUCCUCCAUCUGCAUGUUCUCCAGAUAUGAUUAUAAUGUAAAACACUCAGCCUCUAUUCAGUGUCUACAAUGAGUUCUCAAAGCUCACAAAGAAAUAGAUCCAUUUAACUGAAAUUCAUCUCAUGCCUUUAUCUACUCUUCUGGAAUACAUUUUGCUCCUAUUUAUAAAGAGCUUUGUGUUUGGCCUUUUAUUAUCAUGCAUAUUGUUAAAUGAAUAAAAUCAACUGACUCAUUUUGGGGAAAUGUACAUUUUUAAUGUGUUUAAUGGCUCUAGGCAUUAUUAUGCCACCUCAUUUUGGAUGUUACUAUGAAGUAAUCUAUUAAUUGCACCUAGACAAAACUAGAAAACACUAUGGGUAAAGAGUACUAUAAACAUGUAAUUGUGGUGUAUGAUGUAUAUAUUUUCUUGUUUUGUUCCAAAAGAUGAAAGUGUGUCUUUGAAGUGUAGCAGCAAAUGUAGCUUCUCUUUUCUGCCACACACCCCUGGACUGAAGUUCACAGAAAAUAAUUAUUCACAUCAAAUGAAAUUUGAGUAUUAGCUAUAAAGAAUAUAGAACACCAAAUGCUGCCUAACACAUUAUUGUUUAUUCUGAGUAGGAAGGAACAAUAUAAAAAUAUACUUCUUACCAAAAUUUGCCUUCAGUCAGAACAUUCAAGUUCUCAGGGAACCAGGCAUAACUGAUGAAUCUUUCUUCUAGGACUUCAGAAAACAGAUUCUGAUUUUAUCCAGGUUUAUUUAGUUAUUUUCAUUUUUUAAAUGUGAGUUGAUGGUUACUUUAGUGUUUUACAAUAAAAUUGUCACAUGUACUGAUUCCAGUGUUGGGUAGAAUUAUCUAAACUUUUGGAUGUGAAUGUGAUACAUGGAGAAGUGUGUAAAUGUUUUUGGCCACAUCAUGAGCCAUAAUCUGUAUGAAAAAUCCCACCCUCUCAUAUAUGAAGAAUUAGAAAAAAAAAAAAAAAUGAGGUUUGCUACCAUUUAACUGACAAACUAGAACCUGUCCGUGGCUAGUGACUGGUUGAGUUCAACUGCAGAAGUCAUCUGCUAAAUCUUCCUUAUCACCAACAUCAGUUUCUGGAAGCAAUUUACUAGCAGGAUCAAUAAUGAAUAUUGUGAAGAUUGUGAGCUGCUUUCCUUAUAUUCAGUUACUGGUGCAAACUGUGUUGCUCUUACUGCCAUAGUUUAGUUUUUUUUUUGGUUUUGGUUUUUUGGUUUUUCGGCUUUUUUCCCAUUUAAAUCAUAUACACCAGUGUUUAGGUAGCUUUUGAAACAAUGUAACACUGAUGUGAUGCACAAGGAGACUGACGUACAGAAAUGUGGUGUUAAUACCACCUUCACUGCACUGUUGAGCAAAUAUUUAUUUUACAAGUGUUCAUAUUCAUUUAAGGGAAUUUUAAAUGAAAAUGAUUUAAAUUAUUCUUAUGAGACUUUAGUUGGCAUCUGAUUUCCAAGAAUGUAUAUGCAUUUUCCAAAAAAUAAAUAUGGAGGUUUUCAGAACAAAGAUUAUGGCUUAUUUCAGAACAAAGUUUAUGGCUUGGUUCAUUUUAUUUGCACACACACAAAGACACAGAUAGACACAGACACACAUAGAGAUGCACAUACCCCAUGUGUGCAAAUUGUAACUUAGUUUUUGAUACUUUUUCCAAAUUUUUUAGUAUUUUUUCCAAGAUUGCAAGAGGUUAUAGGUUAAUACUAGGAUAGCAACUUUUUAAAUUCAUCAUUUGUAAUCAUUGAAUGUUCUUUUCCUAACCUGUGUUAGGGUACAUCUGUGUGAAACAUAGAUACCAUAUUUUCAUUCCUCACCUUCAGUGUUAUAUUUUUCCCUGUAUGCCAUUAUACUUCACUGUCAGACUUAAACAUUUACAUUAAACAGGUUAAGUAGAGAUCCUCAGGGUCUCAGUGCUGUGGCCUAGCUCCUACAGGUGUGCUGUGGUGUGUGGCAGUGACCUAUUUGCAUAAUGUUAUUGUUUCAUAGUGAAAAUACUUGUUUCUGCUCUUCAAGUGUUUUGUGAUUCAAAUUUUAUAUG